GUAUGAGAGUUUAUCAUGAAUCAAAAUUGUGGAAAUAACUAAGCGAUUAAUUAUUGAUCUAUAUUAAAGAUCCUUAAGUCAAUCAAGGAACACAUUUGAAAGAUCUUUUUGAAGGAUUUGUUAAGAAAUUUUAUCAAGAGAUUGAUGAAAUGAAAUUAGUGCGUUUUCUAAUUAAAGCUGCAGAAUAAUAUGGAGAUUUUUAGAGCAGAAUUGAUUUCCUCAAAUAAUUUAAAUUAGAUGAACAACCUCAAUUAGUCAUAGAUAUUUUGAUAGCCUUUUUCAAGUUAUAGUUGGGGAAAUUAUAGGAAGUGGAUGAAUUAUUAAAAUAAUAUAAACAAGCAAGUGAAAAAAUAUAAGAAGUUGAUCCACUUGUUUAUUCAAUGUUAUAUUAUUUGGCAUAUAAUUUCUACAAAAUCAAAAAUGUAUAUGAAGAAUUCUAUGUGAAUGCCUUAUAAUAUUUAGCAUACACUAACGAUUAGGAUAUGUUACAAGAGCAAAAGGUACAACUCUCCUAUGAAAUGGCACUUGCAGUUUUGAUUUCACCAAAUAUCUAUAAUUUUAGUGAAUUAUUACAACAACCAGUAUUAGUUAGCUUAAAGGAAAGUGCUCAAUAUAAUUGGGUCUAUCAAUUAUUAGAUAUCUUCAAUAGGGGAAGUGUGAGAGAAUUAAAUAGCUUUUAAUGGAAUGAGGAGAGAAAAGGAGUAAUUCCAAAUUUCCAAAUAUUAAAUGAAAAAAUUAGAAUAAUGGCAUUUCUUGAAUUAGCAUUUUCUUUGCCUAAAAAUAAUAGAGUUUGUACUUUUGAAGAAUUGGCUUAAGUAUCAGAGUUACCCUUAAGUGAUAUCGAAAGAUUAGUAAUGAGAACAAUCAGUAAAGGGUUGGUCAAAGGAAGAAUUAAUUAAGUAAUAUUAUAGAUUAAUAAUAAUAGGUAAAAUAAACAAUUACAAUUUCUUAUGUAGUUCCAAGAGUUUUGACUAUGGAUAAAAUUGAGAUUAUUAAUAAAAAAUUUGGUAAUUGGGAGAAAUCAUUGAAUGUCUUUCUUAAAGAAGUUGAAGAUGUUAGGAAGACAUUUAAUUGA